AAAAAAUCACAUAACUAAACCACCACAGAAAACCAGCUAUAACUGAGAUCUCACACCUACUAAGAUAUAGUCAAAAGCCAUGCAAAACCAACGACUGAAAUGUGGCAAACAUUGAAGUGUUUUCAUCGAACACGUUUCGAUUGCUUUUAAUUGAUCCACUCAUACUUUUCUCUCCUUUCCUUUCUUCCAAACACAAAUUACCCAACAAAAGAAAAACAUCAGUAAAGCUUCCCAAAGUAACACAAUCAUGAUCACCGGUAAGGAUUUCUAUUUAGUAUUAUCAGCAGUGGUACCCCUUUACUCAGCCAUGACAUUAGCCUACGCCUCAGUCCGGUGGUGGAAAAUCUUCACACCGGAACAGUGCGCCGGCGUAAACCGUUUCGUGGCCAUAAUCGCCGUACCCUUUCUCACAUUCAAGCUAAUGAUCCACAAUAACCCGUACGAAAUGAACUUGAAGCUCAUCUUAGCUGACACACUCCAAAAGAUUGUGAUUUUUGUAGUUCUUGUAGCUUGGAAAACGCUUAGUAAAAAAGGGAGCCUUGAGUGGACCAUAACACUCAACUCCCUCUCAACUCUGCCCAACACUCUUGUCAUGGGAGUCCCUCUUUUGAAAGCAAUGUACGGUGAUUUUUCAGCUAGUUUAAUGGUUCAGAUCGUCGUUUUCCAAGGAAUUUUAUGGAACACUCUGCUUUUGGUUAUGUUCGAGUACAGAGCAGCUAAGAUUUUAAUAAACGAAAAUUUUCCAGACACGGCUGGCUCAAUUGCUUCUUUCAAAGCCGAUGCAGAUGUUGUCUCGUUAGCUGAUACUCAAGCCGAGGCUGAGAUUGACACGAGUGGGAAGAUUCAUGUGAAGGUGAGAAGAUCAUCUUCGUUGUCUACUUCUGCUGCUGCUAAUUCGACUGUGUUGUCGUUUAGGAAAAUUCAUGGAAUGGGCUCUGCAAAGUCAGGGGCUUCGAAUUCGACCAAUGGGCUUAGUGGGGUUGAGAUUUAUUCGACGAGAUCUUCUUUUGAUAACAAUCAAGGUGCAGACUUUGGUCAGGAGUUUAUUAAACCGGGAAGUGGUCGAAGUGAUGCAAUUCAACUCCAUAUGUCAGUUUGGAACUCGUCCAGUGCAGCUUCGAGUUACAAUAAUCGAUCAUUCUCCUCUACUGAUCUCCAUAGAAACACAUUUGGCGCUUCAUUGGAUGAUAUCACUAGAAAAGGACCUCCUUCUUUACGUGCUUAUGGGUCAAAAAAUAAUGCUAGAUUUAGUGAGCAUGAAAAAGAAGAAGACGAAGAAGAGGAAGAAGAAAUAAAGAAGCUGGAGAUGCCACCUGCAAGUGUGGUAACAAAGCUCAUACUUACCAUGGUUUGUAGGAAACUUGUAAGGAACCCAAACACCUACUGUAGUGUUAUUGGUCUUGUGUGGUCUCUAAUAGCAUUCAGGGCUAAAAUCGAAAUGCCAAUAAUUAUUGAAGGAAUCAUCACCAUCUUAGCAAACACAGGUCUGGGAAUGGCCAUGUUCAGUCUAGGUCUAUUCAUGGCCUUACAACCAAAGAUAAUAUCUUGUGGAAAAGCUAUGGCUGCAAUUUCAUUGGCUGUGCGGUUUCUGGUUGGGCCAGGAGUGAUGGCUGCAACUUCUGCUGCUAUUGGCAUUAGAGGGAUUCUCCUUCAGGUUUCAAUUGUUCAGGCUGCUCUUCCCCAAGCAAUAAUUUCCUUUGUGUUUGCCAAGGAAUAUAAUUUACAUGCGGAGAUAAUGAGCACUUCGGUUAUCGUUGGGAUGGUGGUUGCUUUGCCAGUGACAAUAAUCUAUUAUGUGCUUCUUGGCCUUUGAUUUAUCACUAAUCAUAAAUAAUCUUCAACUUCAGUAUUGUUUUAGUCUUCAGAAUUCUAUUUUAUUUGUUGACGGAGUAGGUUAAGAUUUUGAGAAAUUUAUUUGAUGAAUCAAUGGAGGGAAAAGUUAAG